CGGCUGGCACCGGUGCUGCUGGCCCAGUUUGGGAGUUUUUUGUUUUGUUUUGUUUUUUUCUGGGUAAGUGGGUUGGGAAUCCUCAGUGACCCAGUUUUUGGGGUCUGCCGGGACUUUUGGUGUGGACGGACCGGACUCGGAUGCUGCUGCCACUGGGACGGGAUGAGAGAUUAUUAGAAUCACAACCCGGCCGGGACCAGCCCGUUUCCGCAUGAGAAAUGUCCACGCAGGGGUCUGUGCUGGCGCUCGGGAAAUGUCUGGCCUGCUUGGAGUUCAUGCUGUUUCCCGUGUGGAGGGGGAUCGGGUCCAGCAGCGCCGUCGGGUGGAGCCAGGGCUGGGGCCGCUGCUUGAGAUGGGAGCCCGGCAGCCAUGAGAGGAGCAGCAGAAUCCCGGUGUUUGACUACCCCGUCUGGUUGGUGUUCUGCCGCCGGGGGCGUGCCAGGCUCAGGGAGGUGUGUCAGCGGGGCAGGGGAGCAAUCAGACUGCCAACAGACCUGCUGAGCUUAAAACUCCCCCAACUCUUCGACAUCCAUCAGGUUCCCAAGGUGUUCAGGGAGGACAGCAUCAUCUCCGGCUAUCGCCACCCUCAGAGCUCCGCCAUGGACUGCGUCCUCAGCAGCUUCCAGAUGAACAACGAAACCAUCAACAUAUGGACCCACUUUCUGCCCACAUGGUACUUUGUGUGGCGUUUCUUGGCUCUGUGCUCCACCAUGAACUUCCUGAACGACAGCUACACCUGGCCGCUGCUGGUCUACAUGCUGCUCAUCUGUAUUUACCCGUUCACCUCCAGCUGUGCCCACACCUUCAGCUCCAUGUCGGCAGAGUCCCGCCACAUCUGCUACUUCUUUGACUACGGAGCCCUCAGCCUCUACAGUCUGGGUUGUGCCAUCAGCUACGGUUACUACGUGAUGCCAGACUGCUGGGUGAACAGUUGGCUUCAUCAACAUUUCGUUCUCAUCGCCAUCGGGAACUCGCUGUUCUGCACCAGCAUGUCCUGUUAUUCCAGAUUUGUGGAGCUGCAGUUCCCAAAGAGAAGUAAAGCAUUACGAACCGGAGCGUUUGUUGUGCCGUUUAUUUUCGACACUGUUCCUCUGUUUUACAGGGCAUUGAUCUGCUUUUGGGGCGGCGGCACCCCGAGCGACGCUCUUUCCAGUCACUGUUACCAUCUCCUCUUCGCCUUCCUCACCUGUUUCCUGUUUACCGCCCACCUCCCAGAGAGGCUGGCCCCCGGGCGCUUCGACUACAUCGGCCACAGCCACCAGCUCUUCCACAUCAGCGCCGUGGUGGGAACCCACUUCCAGAUGGAGGGCGUGGUCUCGGACAUGACGUCCCGGAGGGCGUGGCUCCAGCUCCACGGGGCGACGCCGUCCUUCCUGGGGACCGUCGGGGCGCUCGCCGUCAGCAUCGCCCUCAACCUGUCCAUCAUCGGCAUCUUCAGCGCGCCGCUGCUGUGGAAACCGCGGCCUGGCUCCGCCCAGCAGCACGCCUGCAGGGAGCAGUGAGGGGGCGUUCCCAAAGCGCGCGGACUCAUUGGCUUUCCAAAGGAAAGGUUUCCCAGUAGCGCUGGUUUAACAGUUCCCUGUGUUGUUUUAAGUGUUUGUGUCUGUGCAGCGGCUGAAGACCCAGGGUUGGUUUCUGAAACCUCGUCCCGAUGUUCGGGUUGAAGGACGCUUGCUGCAAGUUUUUAAACCUCAAACUGGAAACAUACGGUUCAACUGAAAGAAAUUCUGAGACUUCACCCAAAGUGUUCCUCCUAACCUUUCAGUUGGUCGGGUUUUUCUGUGGGGUAAAAUAAUGCAGAUUGGAUCGGCAGCUCUCAAACGUCCUCCGUUUGAUUCCGCUCCUCGCCGACUGGAAUUGAUUUUCAGAGCCGUGCGGUUUCUUUUCCUUUUUCUUUUUUAUUUCUCCUGAUUGCCCGCCUCAUUAUGAGCCACACAAUCUGCCCUGGAGGGAAGUUGCUGGGGGGGCAGAAAGUGUGGCAGUGAUUAAAAGACAGGUACCACUUUCAGAGCGCUCCGUUCCCAUGGCAGCGGCGGAGCGGCCUCUCGGUUUCCCACAGGAAACUGAUGCUGAUGAGAUUCUGACCUUAUUUUAACAUUUAUUUCACACACGUUGGUGGGAUUCGGAGAAACAAAGUGGAUUCAUUUAGAAUAAUUACCAUUCAUGAUGAUUUUUGUAGAUUUAAGCAAAACCAUUAACGGCUCAUUUAUGCUUCAUAAAUGUCAAACCCAGUGAUUCGUGUUUACAUUAUCCACUGACAUAAUUUAUUUUAAGAAAUUUUAGUUUAAAUGUAAAAUGUAGUAAAGAGGCAAGAUUUUCUCCUAUUAAUUGUGUUUAUCUUUAGAGGAUCAUGUUCUGUUUGCUCAUUUUUAGAACCUUAGUGAUCCUAAAACAAGUGGGAAAAAAAUUCAGAUCAUAAAGCAACUUUUCAUUUCAACAUUUUAACACAUUUUUUAUUUAAAAAUAGUUUGCUUGAUUCAGGAAAAGCAGCGCAUUCAGUAUGGAUGAGGAUGGAGUGAAGGGUUAAAAGUGACGGGAAAUAUAGAUUUUCAGAAAUAAAAAACUUCUAAAUAAUUUUUUUGAAAGUCUUUUGCAAAUUUUCUGUUUAUUUUAUCAAAGAAAAUAAAUUGAAUCUAAUAUGGUCAUUUUGUGUGCAGAAAUCACACUAAGCUAUUUUACUGCUUGAAUAAAAUAAAAAAAAAUUCUAACAUAUUUGUGAGAAAUAAUGAUAAAUUACGAUAGUUCCUCAAAUGAAACAUUUUUUGCAUCAGAUUAUCUGAAUGAUGAUUUUUGUGCGAUUGUGGCUGAAAAAUCUGGAAGAGAAUAUGCGAGAUGGAUUCUGGCAUCAAAAAAACUGCUGAUUUCUGAAUUUUGAAUAGUUUUUCCACUUGUUUUAGGAAAAGAUCUUGACCUAAAUGAGCACAAAUAAUUGAGUAGCCUGUUUAUCCGGCAGCAGGACUAACAGAAGAGGACGGUUAACUGGAAGCUGGAUGUUGCAGACGGUUCAUUCUGCAGAUGAAGGUUUUCUCUGUUCCUCAUUUUAACUGACAAACGGGUUGAAAUCAGUAUAAAAGGGUUUUCUUCUCCGGUAGAAACGCCACGCUGCUAACACACGCUCACUCUCACACAUUCACACAUUCGUCACGUUUGGGGGAACGACUCGGUCAGAGGGAUAACCGUAAGUGAUUUAAAGGGAAUGAGGUGCAGUCCAGGUCCGUGUCGGACGCUGAGGUGGAAACGUUGGAUGGAAAUCGUGAGUAGAAAACACAAAGUGCACACACACUUCUAUUUUUUAUAUAUAUAUUACCAGGGUUACUGUGCUUGGGUUGAGUGGCAGCAUCAGAUUACUCUUUACCCUGAAUGUAUUUUAUGUAGUGUUUUUAUCUAAUUUUUUCAUUGUUUUACCUCAGAUUUUCCUCUUCUCAGUAUUCGUCGUGUUGCAACAUUCCCCAGUUUGAUCCUGUUGAUUUCAGGGAUUUUCUGUGGCAUUCCUCUCAUUAUUCUUCCUCAGACACUUAAGGGUCAAAACAUAUCUGAGAGCCUUCAUUGCAAACUCGAUGAGGCUGUGGAAAACCACCCUUGAAGCCAACUGCAAACCACUUGCACAAGUGUCCAUCAAAUGUGGCAUAUACCAAGGAGAUGCUCUGUCCCCGCUACUGUUCUGCAUAGGCCUGAACCCCCUCAGCCAAAUUAUCAACAAGACUGGCUACGGAUACAGACUCAAAAAUGGGGCCAAUAUCAGUCACCUACUCUACAUGGAUGACAUCAAGCUGUACGCCAAGUGUGAGCGAGACAUCGACUCACUGAUCCACACCACCAGGAUCUACAGCACUGACAUUGGGAUGUCAUUCGGACUAGAGAAAUGUGGUCGGCUGGUCACAAAGAGGGGGAAGGUCAUCCACACAGAAGGGGUCUCACUCCCAGAAGGAACAAUAGCAGACAUAGAGGACAGUUACAAGUACCUAGGUAUACCACAAGCAAAUGGCAACCUCGAUGAGGUCACAAGGAAAGGAGCCACAGCUAAAUACCUCCAACGAAUAAGGCAAGUCCUGAGAAGCCAGCUCAAUGGCAAGAACAAAAUCCGUGCGAUAAACAGCUAUGCCUUGCCAGUAAUCAGAUACCCUGCUGGAAUAAUUAGCUGGCCAAAGGAGGAGAUAAAAGCCACAGAUAUUAAGACCAGAAAGCUACUAACAAUGCAUGGAGGGUUCCAUCCCAAAUCCAGCACCCUGAGACUGUACACGAGCCGCAAGGAAGGAGGCAGAGGACUAGUGAGUGUGAGAACCACUGUCCAGGACGAAACAACUAAGAUCCAUAAAUACAUCAGGGACAAAGCCUCAACAGACAAUGUGCUCAGUGAAUGUCUCAGACAACAGGGAACGGAGGUUGAGGUGCCAGAGAUACCAUCAUGGGAGGACAAACCCCUACAUGGGAGGUACCACCAGCAAAUAACCCAAGUGGCUGAUAUCAGUAAAUCCUACCAAUGGCUGGAAAAAGCUGGACUCAAGGACAGCACAGAGGCCCUCAUCCUGGCGCCCAGGAACAGGCCCUAAACACCAGAGCAAUAGAGGCCCAGAUCUACCACACCAGACAAGACCCAAGGUGUAGGUUGUGCAAGGAGGCCCCUGAGACAGUCCAGCACAUCACAGCAGGGUGCAAGAUACUGGCAGGGAAAGCGUACAUGGAGCGACAUAACCAAGUGGCAGGCAUAGUGUACAGAAACAUCUGUGCAGAAUAUGGACUGGAAACCCCAAGAUCAAAGUGGGAAACACCCCCAAAGGUGGUGGAGAACGCCAGAGCUAAGAUCCUGUGGGACUUCCAGAUCCAGACAGACAAAAUGGUAAUGGCAAACCAACCAGACAUUGUCGUAGUGGAUAAACAUCAGAGGAAAGCCGUUGUGGUAGAUGUAGCAAUACCAAGUGAUUGCAACAUCAGGAAAAAGGAGCACGAGAAACUAGAGAAAUACCAGGGCCUCAGGGAGGAACUGGAGAGGGCCUGGAAGGUGAAGACCACAGUGGUGCCUGUGGUCAUCGGGGCCCUCGGGGCAGUAACCCCCAAACUGGAGCAGUGGCUACAACAGAUCCCAGGAACAACAUCAGACAUCUCAGUCCAGAAAUGUGCAGUCCUUGGCACAGCCAAGAUACUGCGCAGAACCCUCAAGCUCCCAGGCCUCUGGUAGAGGACCCGAGCUCAGAGGAUAAGAACCACCCGCGGUGGGUGAGAAGGGAAUUAUUAUAUAUAUAUAUAGUCCAAACUGCAUUAUUUUGAUGAGAAAAUCCAACCUGACCGAAUCACUGUAACGUCUUUCUGUUGCGUCUCUGUAGAUGGAGUGAUGCAGGUUGCACUUACUUUUUGGCUUUUUUGUUUGUUUGUUUUAUACAUAAUGUGUAUUGAAGGAUUUUUUGGGGGAUCAUAUAAUGUUAGUAUGAAGAUUAUGAUGAUGUUAGAUAUUAGUGGAGGGAAAAACUAUUUGUGCCUUUUUUUUUAAAGUGUUUUACCCAAUUUUUAUUUUCAUUUUAAAUUCAGAGAGCUCUUAAACGGUAUAAAUACUUAUUUACAUUUUGUGUACCAUUUGUAAUUUUCUGCUUUGUUUCAUUAGACGUAAAUAAUAAAUUAAGGCUUUUAUAAAAGUA